ACUCUCUUCCUCAUAUUUCUGGUUCAUAUAAGUUUACACACGAUCCCUUCCCUCGCCGUCCUUUCUCUGUUCCCGACUUCCACAGGAGGCAAGAGUAUUUGAGGGAGUGCCAAAAUGAGUAAGCUCCAGAGUGAAGCCCUGAGAGAGGCGAUAUCCGCCAUUGUCACUCACUGCAAGGAGACAAAGCCGCGCAAGUUCACUGAGACUAUCGAGCUCCAGAUUGGUCUUAAGAACUAUGACCCACAAAAAGACAAGAGGUUUAGCGGAUCCGUUAAAUUGCCUCACAUUCCCAGGCCAAAGAUGAAGAUUUGCAUGCUCGGAGACGCCCAGCACGUUGAAGAGGCUGAAAAGAUUGGAUUAGACUCUAUGGAUGUCGAAGCUCUUAAGAAGUUGAACAAGAACAAGAAACUUGUUAAGAAGCUCGCCAAGAAAUUCCAGGCUUUCCUUGCUUCUGAAUCUGUCAUUAAGCAGAUUCCCCGUCUUCUUGGUCCCGGUCUCAACAAGGCGGGAAAGUUCCCAACACUUGUUAGCCACCAAGAGUCUUUGGAAUCCAAAGUGAAUGAGACAAAGGCAACAGUGAAGUUCCAGCUCAAGAAGGUUCUCUGUAUGGGAGUUGCCGUCGGGAACCUUGGCAUGGAAGAGAAACAGAUCUUUCAGAAUGUUCAGAUGAGCGUUAACUUCCUCGUUUCACUCUUGAAGAAAAACUGGCAAAAUGUGAGGUGCUUGUACUUGAAGAGUACAAUGGGUCCACCAAAUCGGGUUUUCUAAGAAUUUUAUCUCAAAGUUUCUCUAAGUUAUCAUCAGAAAAAGGAAAUUUGAUUUUCUUUUCUGUCUCAUGAUUCUUCUUGGGUUAAUUCCAGAAUCCUUACUUGGUAGGAUGAAGAUUUUGAUUUUGUUGAAAGACCAUUUUGUUUCUACUAUUGCUAUAUUAUUUCAAGUUUCGCGAUUUCAUUAUCAAGAUCGGUUAAGUUUUCGUCUUUAAGUCUUUUGAAUCACAGACUGCUCUUAAAGCAAUUUACACCAAUA